CAUUAUUGUUAAAGCAACGAUCAAGUCUACAGUUUUACUCCUGAUUCAAUCAUUCAGUUGAGAUGAUUUUGAUCCACGUCCUCCCGCUUCUCCUAACAAUCUUCACCGCGUCCACGUUCUGCUCCGAAAAUGAUCGGAAAUUCUGCGGCUACCUGCCGUGCGGGCUGACCAACGUCCUGGGCGAGAAGCUUUGCGCCGCCGGUGGAAACGUCCUCGGAUACUGCAUGUGCCUGUUGAGCAACGGAAACUCGUUCGCAAAGUAUUUUGCCUGCGCAAAUGGGCACGUUUACCACACCGGAAAGGGUUACUGCGUUAAGGGGAAGGCCAAGAAGAUGCAAAAGUGUGACGACAAGGGGAAACUGAUGAAGAAGAAGAAGGGCUUUUUUGGGGGUUGAUAGCGGAUUGUUUGAAUUGGUCAAAUAAAGAAAGACAUUCAACAGGCA